UGACGUCAGACUGGCGGAGGAGAGACAAAGAUGGCCACAUCGGCAUGGCUGCGUGGCCCAUCUGCUAUGCGACUAACGGAGGGUUUGGUGUCAGUUCUGAAAGAGCAGCGUCCAGAGUAUUUACCAGCUCUGUUGGCCAGCUACAGAGAACAUGGCGUGUUCCCGACACAGGGCGCGAGCGCCGUCGGUGGUCUCGUGGGUUUCAGCAACGCCAAACUGGCCUCGAGCAAGACCAGGUUUGAGGGGCUCUGUCUGCUUUCCAUGCUGGUAAAGGACAGCUCCAGUGAUCUGUUCCAACAGCACUGCCUGUCCUGGCUGCGCUCCCUGCAGCAGGUUAUACAGUCUCAGGCUCCAAUUCAGACCAUCCAGCUAGCGGUGAGCAUUCUGAAGGACUUGCUGCAGUACUCGUCCCAGCUAGCAGAGCUGGCCAGGGAGGUCGGCCUCAACUCCAUCCUUGGCAUCCUUACGUCUCUGCUGGGCCUAAAGACAGAGUGUGAACUGGCAGCCAUGGAGGGGAUGACGGCCUGUAUGACCUACUACCCCAGAGCCUGUGGAUCCCUCAGGGACAAACUGGGGGCUUAUUUCCUCUCCAAAAUGGACAGUACAAACAAGAAAACACAAGAGAUGGCCUGUCAGUGUUACGGCCGUCUGCCCUGCCUGGGGGGCCUGUUGGACAGGGGAGUGGGUGCUGGCAGAGCUGAAGGCUGGACCAAUCAGAUUCACUGCCUACUGGCCUCAGCCAAUGACCUGCUGGCUCAGAUCUAUCAGGGAUCUGAAACAGAUGGAACAGUGCAAUAUGAAGGUCCGGGGGUGGAGCUGGCCUUUCCUCAUCUCGACCAAUCAGAUCCCUUGCUGCUGCUACAGCUCCAGCACAGAUACACAGCUGUUGGCCUGGCACUCAAACACACACUCAGGGUGGAUCCAGCCUCAGCUGUCCGUCUGCCCGUCAGACCAAUACUCAACCUGGUGUGCCGAGCCCUCGCUGUUAGCUCCAAGAGCAUAAAUUUAGCAGGAGAUGGAAGUGUGAGGUUGCUGGUCUUGCCCAUCAUAUACACCAACACACUGGAGGUCUUAUCAGCUCUUAUCACAGCUGUACGCACCGGCAUGGUUCAGUACGCUGCUGUACUACAGAGACUGUUUUCUCAAACCCUGUCCACCUGGACGCCUUUACCUGAAGCUAGUCUGGGACAGCAGAGAGCCUACAGUGCACUGCGGGUGUCAGUGUACAGAACCUUAGAGCUGUGGGUGCAGGUGGCUGGAGCCUCUGCUAGCAUACUGCAGGGAAGCCCUGGUCACUCAGAGCUCCUGUUCAGCCACCUGCUCGGUGACAUCACACCAGGGGCGGAGUCUGUCAAGCUCCGGGUGGGUCUGUCAGCAGAUGUGGUUCCUGGAGGGAAGCCUGGCCCGCGGCGGACAAAACCAUUAGUUAUAGCUGACUCAGUUGGACCAUCACUCCAGAAGAAAGGAGACCUUCUGGCCAAUCAGGAUACUUGCCUUUCAGCCCUCAGGGCACUACGACAAAUCAUACUGAGCAGUGGUACAUUGCUGAAGGAUGAUAUACACAAGCGUCUCCAUGACGUGGUGCUGCCGCUGUGUGUGCGGCUCCAGCAGCAACAGUCCAGCAGCAGCACAUCAUGUGAAUCUGCAGGGGGCACCAGUGGGCAGUACAGCAGCGCCCUCACCCGACGAGAGCUGUACAGGUUAUUGCUGGCUCUGGUCCUGGUCCCAUCACCCUGUUGGCCUCCGCCUAUGACCUGUGCUGUGUCCAUCCUCAGCAACGGACGCACCGACCGUAACCUCAAGGUGACUGUGAUUCUGAAGGGGAGAGUGGGAGAGAAAGACUGCUACAAGUGUUUGCCAGUUUGUAGAACACAUCAAUGAGUUGAAAUUUUCAUCGCCAAGGCACUGUUCCACCAUUAGGGGCGGCUGUGGCGCAGAGGCAGAGCGGGUCGUCCCCUAAUCGGAAGGUUGUUGGUUCGAUC